UCUAUCAUCUAUCUACUAUCAUUAUUCAUUAGAAGUAAAAGUAACCUGUCUGGCCCCAGGCUGAGUGCCACCUAAACUUUUAAAUCCCUUCUUUAAGUAAUGUCAUGGUUCUAAUUUGGGUUUGCAGCAGCCCCCUCCCCCAAUGGCCACUUGCUUAUUCUCCACCCCAGAUAGGAAUGGGGUCUUGACAUCAGAAUGCAUCCUCUGCUGAUCUGGGGAUCAGCACACUUGGCAUGCAAGAUCGUGUUUCUUUUUCUGUUUUCCAAUCUCAGGCUGCCUCUCAGCCAACCAGCAAUGCAGGGGCAGACUUUUGGCAGGUUCUGUGGUCCCUUACUGAACUAUUCCGAUAAGCUCUAAGCUUGAGUAGGGGAGGAAAUAGAAAGAACAAGUACAUAUAGUUUUUCCCCUCCCUAGCAUCUCAAAAAUGAAAAAAAAAAAGAAAGAAAUCCCUACUGGUCACAAACCCCCUUUGGGGUUCACAAAAGAGAGUAUGUUUCCUAAUGCUGUGCCUUCAGAACCCUAACACUGUCUCUGCUCUCCAUCUCCAUCCUCAGCUACCUCUGCUAUCUAUCCUCAUCACUGGCAUUGUCUCCACGGCUAGCUCUAUGUCUGCCUUCUAUCUCCUUCCCUGCCAUUCUCUCUCUUUUCUCAUCCCUAAACAAUCACCUUCAUAUCACUGGAGUUUAUCCUUAUUUAGAGUAUUUUUUUUUUGUGGGGCAAUGAAGGUUAAGUGACUUGCCCAGGGUCACACAGCUAGUAAGUGUCAAGUGUUUGAGGUCAGAUUUGAACUCAGGUCCUCCUGAAUCCAGGGCCAGUGCUCUAUCCACUGUGCCACCUAGCUGCCCCUUGUCUUAUCUCUUCUUGGCCUAUGCCAUCUUGGGCAAGCCCAUUGCUGCCUUGGGCUCCCUCACAUGCCUGCCCUUACAGAGUCAGGACCUUCCACUCACCCCCAUUUUCGGCUUACUGCCCCCUAGUCUAGAGGGCACUCCUCCCCCUCUGUCCCCACCAAAGAGAUGGCAAGAGAAACUCCCCCCACACAAUUGGCCAGACUCAGGAGGAGUGUACCUGUCGGUCUCCCCAGCCCCCUUCUCCCUCAAAUCCAUGUCGGCCCUUUCAGGAGCUUUUACUGUAUCUCAGCCCAGAGCUAUGUGGCACCCCCUCCUUCUUCCCAGCGGUCCUUUCAUCAUCCUUCCCAGGAGAGUCUCCUCUCUCCCCCUACCAACUCCAGCCAAGCAGUAGCCAGCCCCAAGCAGCCAUUAGCUUCCUUCUCCUCCUCUGUCCUGCUUGUCCCUUUCCCCAACCUAGCUCCUCCCAUCCAUCGCUCCAGCUCCACCCCUCCCCUCCCCUCCCCUCCAGCUUUCCCUAAUUAUUCUAAGGGAUCAGCCUGAGACACUGCCCCCCUUGGUGUAAUUUAUGAAUACCCCCUCCCUUUUCUCCCUUGGUCCUGCUGCCUCAUAGCUGUGGAGCUCAGCCUCUGAGCUUACUGUCCUCCUAAGUCCCCAAGCAGGCAGAGAGGCAGUGAGUUCAGCCUCCCUUUGCCCAGGCUCCUGGCUGGGCUGGGCUAAGCUGAGCUCUGGGCAGGCCAGUCCCUUGCUUCUCUUCUCUCGCUGCAGGUGGGGUGCAGACAGGUGAGGCUUGAGACUUCUCUCUGUCCUUUGGCAUCACCUCCAUUGCAUCUUUGGCCAUGCGUUCUGUGGGAGGCCCCAGGUCUAACCCUGAGGGUCAGGAGAUGCAGGGGCUGGGGCCAGCCUGGGACAACCCGGCUUAUAGUGGACCCCCCUCACCACCCGCAACCCUGAAGAUCUGCACCAUCUCUGGUCCUUUACCAAGCCAGCCUGGAGAGAAGCCCAAAGGGGGGCCCCUCAAGAGCGCCCCUCGAGGAUCAGGCAUGGACUGCUGUCGCCACAUGUGCUUCCACAUCUGUCGUGGCAUCCGAGGACUUUGGGGUACAACACUAACGGAGAACAUGACGGAAAACAGGGAACUUUAUGUCAAGACCACCCUGAGGGAGCUGCUGGUAUAUGUGGUAUUUCUAGUGGAUAUCUGCCUAUUGACUUAUGGAAUGACUAGCUCCAGUGCUUAUUACUACACCAAAGUGAUGUCGGAACUCUUCUUACAAACCCCAUCUGCUAGUGGAGUCUCCUUCCAGACCAUCAGCAGCAUGAAAGACUUCUGGGGCUUUGCCCAGGGCCCAUUGCUUGACAGUCUCUACUGGAACAAGUGGUAUAACAACCAGAGCCUGGGCCAGAGUACACACUCAUUCAUCUACUACGAGAACCUGCUCCUGGGUGUUCCAAGACUGCGGCAGCUCAAAGUGAGGAAUGACUCGUGUGCUGUGCAUGAAGAUUUCCGAGAGGACAUAUUGGGCUGUUAUGAUGUUUACUCCCCAGACAAGGAGGAGAGGCUCCCUUUUGGACCCCUCAAUGGCACUGCGUGGACAUACCAUUCAGAGGAUGAGCUGGGGGGCUCAUCUCACUGGGGCCAGCUUACGAGCUACAGCGGUGGUGGCUAUUACAUGGACCUACCAGGGCCCCGGGAAGCUAGUGCCAACGUCCUGCGUGGCCUGAAAGAUGGGCUGUGGCUGGACCGGGGCACCCGUGUUGUCUUCAUUGACUUCUCUGUUUAUAAUGCCAACAUCAACCUCUUCUGUGUGCUGAGGCUAGUGGUGGAGUUCCCAGCCACAGGGGGGGCUGUUCCGUCCUGGCAAAUCCGAACUGUAAAGCUGAUCCGCUAUGUGAGCUCCUGGGACUUUUUCAUCGUGGGAUGUGAGAUUGUCUUCUGCGUUUUCAUCUUUUAUUAUGUGGUGGAAGAGGCAUUGGAGCUGAGGAUUCACAAGCUCCAUUAUCUGAGCAGUGUUUGGAACAUCCUGGAUGUGGUGGUCAUCCUGCUCUCCAUCAUGGCUGUGGGCUUCCAUGUGUUCCGUACCCUAGAAGUGAACCGCCUCAUGGGGCACCUCCUACAGCGGCCAAGUGACUAUGCCGACUUUGAGUUUCUGGCUUUCUGGCAGACACAGUACAACAAUAUGAAUGCCGUCAACCUUUUCUUUGCUUGGAUCAAGAUAUUCAAGUACAUCAGUUUCAAUAAGACAAUGACUCAGCUCUCUUCCACACUCGCACGUUGUGCCAAGGACAUCCUAGGUUUUGCGGUCAUGUUCUUCAUUGUCUUCUUUGCUUAUGCUCAGCUGGGCUUCCUGCUCUUUGGGACCCAAGUGGAAAACUUUAGCACUUUUGUCAAGUGCAUCUUCACUCAGUUCCGGAUCAUCCUUGGAGAUUUUGACUACAACGCUAUCGACAAAGCCAACCGAAUCCUGGGCCCCGCGUACUUCGUCACUUAUGUCUUCUUCGUGUUCUUUGUGCUCCUGAACAUGUUCCUGGCCAUCAUCAAUGACACAUACUCUGAGGUGAAAGAGGAGCUGGCUGAACAGAAGGAUGAGCUGCAGCUCUCAGACCUCCUGAAACAGGGUUACAACAAGACUCUCCUGAGGCUGCGCCUGAAGAAGGAGCGGGUCUCCGAUGUGCAGAGGGUUCUUGGCGGUGGGGAGAGGCAGCUCCAGUUCGAGGAUUUCACCAACACCUUGAGGGAACUGGGGCAUGCGGAGCAUGAAAUCACUGAGGUCACAGCGGCUUUCACCAGGUUUGAUACAGACGGCAAUUGUGUGCUCGAUGAGGCGGAACAGGAGAGAAUGCGCCAGGACCUAGAGGAGCAGCGGGUGGCUCUGAGUGCCGAGAUCCAGACCUUGGGCCGGAAGGACGAGGGGCGCUCAGAGACCGCCCAGGGAAGCCCCUGGGUCUCCGGAGAGGAAUUCCACAGACUCAAGGACCGGGUCCUACAGAUUGAAAAUGUCUUGGGGAGCAUCAUAUCCCAGGUGGAUUCUGCUGGUUCAAAGGUGAAGACCCUGGAGAGGAAGAAGCCGUGCCCCUCCCCUUCUGGCACAGCUCUCCCACAAAUGGACUUCUCAGAGGACCUCUCUCAAGACACUAUCCGCUUCUAGUGUGAUCUUCUCAUCCCCAUCCAUGUAUGAGCUCUGCCUGGGCCCGUGUCUCUCUGUGUGCAAUCUCCGUGUCUGUGGAUAGCUGUGUUGAGUGUAGCUCUGACUCUCUCUCUGUUUACAUGUACAACCAUGUGUGUGCCAACCCCCUAUAAUCUAUCCCAUGUAAGCUCAUGACUGUGCUAGGGUCCUAGCCCUGAGCUGACUGCAUGGUUCCUGUCUGGGGAAAGGGCCUCUACUCUGUUUAGUAGAAAAGAAUCAAUAAAGCGUGUGAU